AUAUAUAUAUAUAUAUAUAUAUACAUAUAUACAUACACACACAUAUAUAUAUAUAUAUAUAAACACGCGCGCGCGCACUCACACUUACACACGCAAACACACGCACACAUACACACAGAGAAACAGAUAGAAACGCAAAUAACCCAGGGUAAAAAGAACAAGUGCGAAGUGAGAGAACCCAAACGCAAAACGUCUACCUUUUCUGCUUACCUAUUUUUACGUGUCAUUCUACACUCCAAAGAUAGCGCUCAUCCGAGAACUCGGUGGCUUCCAGCAUCUGCACCAGCCUACAUCAUUUAUAGCAUCAGCAUCAACAUCAUUGGCCACGUCUCUCCAGAACAGGAGCUGUCGUGUUAACUUAUUUACUGAUCACCGUAACAGCAUCUUUUUUAAUUACUUCGAAGUGGCAACUCUAAAAGCGCAGAGGAACCAAUGUGCGGCCAUUCUGUGCAGGCUGACCAAAGUACGAGUUCGGAAAAAAAAGAAGAAAAGAAUCUCUUCUUCUCCAGUUCUGUUUAUUUGAUAAAUAAUUUUUUCCUCUUCUCCAUUCACUCUCUUUCUCUCUCUCACACACACAGACACACUUUCUCUCUCUAACUGUUUCUCAUCCCACCCUCUGUUCAUCUUUCAAAUUUUUGUACCUUAUAUCUUUCUCUACUUUCUUUCUUUAUAUGACCAUCACCCUUUACAUUUAGAAUCAUAUUUGUUUUGAUUCGCCGCUCCGGUUGCUACGAUUCCCUUAAGAGGAGAAACGGAGGGAAGAAGAUGUUACAUAUAUCUAAAUCACAUUAGGAGAAAUUAAUUUAAUUUUUUAAAAUUUAUUUAUAUAUUUAUAAAGGAAAAUCCUUAACUAAAAAAAAAAAAAAGAAAUUCUUCAGUAAUUAACUGAAGAAAAUAAAUUUUUCAAUUCUUGUUUUUUUUUUCGUUUUUCUCCCUUUUUCUUAAAAAAAGGGGGAAAAGCACAUUUUUUCAACACCAGUUCAACGGGAAAUAUACACACACACUCACUGCUAAAACCAGUUAAACCAUUACCAGGAAUAAUUUGAAUGUGAAAUAUUUGAUCUGAUCUCCAGUAAUAGAAAUACUAUUUGAUCCAUCUCGAUUGAUGAUAACUCAUUCUGACGGAAGUAGUUUUCGACAAAUACACAAAUAAAUCCCUUUUACAUCUGGAUGUAGUGUGUUCUUAGAAAACGUGUCAAAAUUGUAGUCCUUCACUUUGGCGAGGAGGGUUUCUCCAAAUUCACCAUGGCCUCCGUUGCGGCAUGGUUACCUUUUGCCCGGGCCUCCGCUAUAGGAUGGGUUCCUGUGGCCCGGAACCCCUUACCCACACCAAAAGUGCGGGAAGAACACAAAAGAGGGGACAAUAAAAUGCUAAUUAAUGUGUCGGGACGCAGGUUUGAAACCUGGAGGACUACCCUGGAAAAAUACCCCGACACUUUACUUGGUUCAAACGAAAAGGAAUUUUUUUACGAUGAAGAAACGAAGGAGUAUUUCUUUGACCGCGACCCAGAGUUCUUCAGACAUGUUUUGAACUACUAUAGAACGGGUAAGCUCCAUUACCCAAAGCAUGAGUGUAUUCAAUCGUAUGAUGAGGAAAUGUCAUUUUUCGGUAUAAUGCCUGAUCUAAUAGGUGACUGUUGCUAUGAAGAUUACAAAGAUCGACGGCGAGAGAAUAGCGAGCGUCUUCUCGAUGACAAAGCUUCAGAGAAUGGGGACAGUACACCGGCAGUGACGAUUCGGGAAAAGUUCUGGCGGGCUUUUGAAAACCCGCACAUCGGAACAACAGCACUUGUUUUUUAUUAUGUCACCGGUUUUUUCAUUGCAGUUUCUGUGAUGGCUAAUGUAGUAGAGACUGUCCCUUGUGGGAUUAUUCCAGAAACCAACGAAAACCCCCCUUGCGGGGAACGUUACGAGUUGGCCUUUUUUUGUCUGGAUACCGCUUGUGUUAUGAUUUUCACAGCAGAGUAUUUGUUACGGGCUUACGCCGCUCCCGACCGCUGUAAAUUCAUAAGAAGUGUUAUGAGUAUAAUAGAUGUGGUAGCAAUUCUUCCAUAUUAUAUAGGUCUUGUUAUUACAGACAACGAUGAUGUGAGCGGAGCUUUUGUUACGCUUCGUGUCUUCCGCGUAUUUAGGAUUUUCAAAUUCUCCAGGCAUUCACAAGGAUUACGUAUUCUCGGUUAUACACUGAAGAGCUGCGCCAGUGAACUUGGCUUCCUCCUCUUUUCAUUAACCAUGGCUAUCAUCAUUUUUGCUACUGUGAUGUUUUACGCGGAGAAGAAUGUUAUAAAAACCAAAUUCACCAGUAUUCCUGAAGCAUUCUGGUAUACAAUCGUUACCAUGACGACGCUAGGAUAUGGUGAUAUGGUCCCAAACACAAUAACUGGUAAAAUAGUCGGUGGUGUGUGUUCCCUGAGUGGUGUAUUGGUUAUUGCAUUACCAGUGCCUGUAAUUGUUUCAAACUUUAGUCGUAUUUAUCAUCAGAACCAAAGAGCAGACAAACGCAAGGCACAAAAGAAAGCAAGAUUGGCUCGUAUCCGCAUGGCUAAAAACGCUAGUGGUGCAGCCUUUAUCACUAGCAAGAAACGAACUGAAGAAGUCGUACUUGCUAGAGAAAGUGGUCUUGAAGUAGAUGACUACAAAGAAGACAUAUUCGAGUUACAGCAUCAUCAUCUCUUAACCUGUCUAGAAAAAACUACUGGUUUAAAUAUGGUGCUGCCAGAAGAGUUUGGAAAACAAAUAUUAGGUCCAGAAGCUGUAUUGGACUGGCAGGUGUACUCUUAUCCUGCAGAAAGCUCAGUUGAGGAAGAAAAAACGGGGUUGAAUUCUACUACACGCUUACCAUCAAGUAUGGAACAAGAAAUGCAGUCAAUAGAACGUGUCUUAACAUGGAACUAUUACAACUAUACAAGUGAAGAGCCUGCUGAACAUAAACCGGACAGGGAAUUUACAGAGAUGGAUAUGACUUUUAGUAUUCCUCCUAAUAAGCCUUCGGAGACACCUCCACCUUCACCUGAUCCAUCAUUGGCAUCUUUAGAGCGAAGGAGGAUGACAGGAUGCUGUACUUGUAGGUUUUCUCCACAACGCCGAUUCCUGACAAGAUCAUCAGGCCACGAGUCGGAGCAGGAAGAACUGAACGAUGUCCAGAUCCGCCUGCCCACUAUUAAUCGGACAUCUAGGUCCAGCCUCAAUGCUAUUGGCAGUACCAACAGUAAAUCAAAUAAUACAGUAACUGUAACAACAGCUAUUGUUACCCUUCCAACAUCCAGCACUACCUCUGAAGCUGAGUCUCUACGAACUCAUAACACUAGUGGUGGGACAAUGUCCCCACAGUUAGAAGCUCAGAACCCUAACAUUGUGAAAAUAUCAACCUUGUAAGAGUAAGGAAAAAGUAUAUCUAAAAGCUAGAGAAAGUUUAAAAACAAAAAACAGACUAAAACAUAAGUAAACAAAUUAAAACUAAAAAUUCAACUAACACUGAAAUCUAAACCAAAAGAGUUCUUACACUUUAAAAGAUUUUCAUGGUGGGGGAAAAAGGAGAUAUACCUAAAUUGGUGUACUCUUCAAAUUACAUUUGAACUGAAUGGAGAAAUAUGUGUUGUUGAGGAUUCUCUUGAAGGAAUUGGCAGAACUUCAAAAAUCACCAAGGGAGUUGAACUGAUUUCGUUUCAGCUUGUCUAUCACUUCAUCCUGCAACAUGAAAAGAAUAGUAAGUUCAUUCUUCAAUGCAGUCUGUGUCAGUGCCAAUUGAUUGGCAACACCGAUUUGUUACAGAAUUACGUAUUGAAGUAAGCCUUGUGAUCGAGGUGUGCAGGGUUCCCUCCCUAAAAAAGAAAAAAAAAAAACAAGACAAA